AUGCGUAAUUUUGCUUCGAGCUUGCGACGCUUAUGGGAGAGACAAGAUGACGAGCAGCGCCAGAGACUGAAAGCAGACUACAUUUCGAAGGAUUUUGAGAAACGGCUAAGAACACUUCAGAUGGAGAGAGGAAGAAUGAAACAUCAGCAGGAUACAAUAUCAGGAAAAACUGGGGUGUCAAUUGUUCCAUCUGAACGUGGAGUUUCGCCAUUGGAUGAUCUAAAGGUAGAUUUGGAUUCGAUAAAAGAAAGGUUGGCCGAAGAGAAAGCAAGACACAAAGAGGCUGUGAAAUUAGUGCAUGAUGCAGCUUCUAGUAGUUUGCAGGGAG